AUGUUGCCACUCGACAACGACCCAGCGCUGGACCCGCUAGACGACCGGCACUUUGACCGCAACCAAUGGUUCAGUGCCAUGAAAGAGCGCAGCAAACGUUGCAGUUCGCUCACGACUUCCGGCCUGGCUUUCCGAAGCCUCCACGUGCAUGGAGUGCGUUCGGCCCUUGAAUUCCAGCGCACUGUGGGCAACUAUCCCCUCGCGCUGGCGCGGCGGUUGAAACAGUUCACAACAUCCUCACGGGAAGAUGCGCGUGUUGAUAUCCUGAAAGGACUGGAUGGAGUGGUGCGGAGUCACGAGCUACUGCUCGUUCUGGGACGCCCUGGGAGCGGAUGCUCGACUUUUCUAAAGGCCGUGGCAGGGGACACGCAUGGAAUCUGUCUGAGUCCCGACUCGCGUCUGAACUAUCAAGGAAUUCCGGCGGACAUCAUGCACACCGAGUUCCGCGGCGAGUGUGUCUAUACGGCGGAGAACGACGUCCAUUUUCCCGAACUAACGGUAGGGCAAACUUUGGCCUUCGCUGCCAGUGCCAGGGCGCCGCGUGUCCCAAUGGCAGGCAUGACCCGGCACAUGCACGCAGAGCACAUGAAGGAAGCGGUCAUAACGCUACUCGGCCUCAGGUCUGCGGUUGACACGAAGCUGGGGAAUGAGUUCAUUCGUGGGGUUAGUGGCGGGGAACGCAAGAGAGUCAGCAUUGCUGAGGCGCUGGUUGGAUGGAGUCCUUUGCAGUGCUGGGAUAACAGUACCCGUGGCCUGGAUAGCGCCACUGCGCUGGACUUCAUCCGGACACUUCGCACCUUCACCAGCACAGGAGGCUCAGCGGCCAUCAUGACAGUGUAUCAGGGAUCUCAGGCCAUGUACGACCUUUUCGAUAAAGUUACUUUACUUUACGAGGGUCGUCAGAUUUUCUUUGGUCGUACCGAUCGGGCGAAGCGGUAUUUUGAAGAGCUCGGGUUUCGGUGCCCUGAAGAAACAACAACGGCAGAUUUCCUUACAGGUUUGACCAAUCCGGCUGAGGCUGGGGCUCUUGUGCAAGACGGAUACCAAGACCGUGUCCCCCGAACGGCGGGCGAGUUCAUGGACUGUUGGGUCAGGAGCGUAGACUACGCUAUUCUGAUGCAGGAUAUUGACCUGUUUGAGAAGGAGUUUCCGCUUGGUGGGGAAGGGUUGGCCAGAUUUCGGGAAGCCACGCGAUCUCAGAAAGAUGAGUCGUUACAGCGUAACUCCCCAUACACCAUUGCCCUGUCAAAACAAGUGCAGAUAUGCAUGCAAAGAGGCUACCAAAGGCUUCGUAACGAAUGGAGCCCGCCGCUAUCAAACAUCAUUGGCAAUACCGUCAUGGCUAUCAUUGUUGGAAGUCUCUUCUACAACAUGAGCAAAGACACUGGCAGUUUCUACCAACGCGGCGUCCUGAUUUUCUUUGCUUCGCUGCUGAACGCAUUCAUGAGUGCUUUUGAGGUUCUCACAAUGUGGGCUCAGCGACCAAUUGUUGAAAAGCACAGUCGCUACGCCUUAUACCAUCCCGUUGCAGAGGCCGUGUCAUCCAUGAUUUGCGACCUGCCUAACAAGAUACUCACCUCGAUUUUCUUCAACGCAGCGCUUUACUUCAUGACCAACCUCCGCCGCACCCCCGGCGCUUUCUUUACGUUUUACCUCUUCUCGCUCGUCAGCCUGUUGACCAUGUCUAUGUUCUUUCGCAUGAUUGGGUCCAUCUCGCGCACCGUCGAGCAGACUAUGGCACCGGUCGGGAUCUUCCUCGCGAACUACAUGAUCUACACGGGGUUUGUCAUCCCAACGGGCUACAUGCACCCAUGGCUACGUUGGGUGGGGUAUAUUGACCCGGUCAGCUACGCAUUUGAGAGCUUGAUGAUCAACGAGUUCUACGGCGUCCGCUACCCCUGCGCUACCUUCAUUCCUGAGGGACCAACGUACGCAAAUAUCACCACAGAUCAAAGGGUAUGUUCGGCCGUCGCCGCAGUGCCGGGUGAGAGCUUCGUCGAUGGUGGUGCAUUCCUCGUGGAGUCUUACGGCUAUUAUCAAAGCCACAUGUGGCGAAAUCUGGGAAUUUUGUUUGCCAUGAUGUGCUUUUUUUGCUGUAUCCACUUACUUGCCGCCGAGUUCAUCCAGGCUCAGAAGUCCAGGGGCGACGUUCUACUCUUCCGUAGACGCGACGUUCAGCUGAUCAAACAAGGUGAUGAGGAGACAUCUUCAGCUGCGUCGUCGGUCAUCCGUCCCAAGAUCGACGAAGCCUCCAGCCCAGGCAGUGCUACUGUGGCACGCUUACAGCAACACACCGCGGUCUUUCACUGGGAAGGUGUCAGUUACGACGUCAAAGCCGGCCGGUCUAAGAAGAGGCUGCUUGACCGAGUUGAUGGCUGGGUCAAGCCUGGAACGCUCACAGCACUGAUGGGCGCAACGGGCGCUGGGAAGACAACACUUCUCGAUGUUUUGGCUUCGAGAGCAUCAGCUGGUAUCGUGCACGGAAAGAUGAUGGUAAAUGGCUGCGAACGUGAUACCGGGUUCCAACAGAAGACAGGUUACGUGCAGCAGAUGGACUUGCAUUUGUCUACCGCCACGGUACGAGAGGCACUUUCUUUUAGUGCGCUCUUACGACAGCCAGCUACGACUGCAAGAAGCGAAAAGCUGGCAUAUGUUGAGGAGAUCAUCAAGAUGCUUGAAAUGGAAACGUAUGCUGAUGCCAUCGUCGGAGUCCCCGGAUCAGGUUUGAACAUCGAGCAGCGGAAGCGCCUAACGAUAGCUGUCGAGAUGGCAGCAAAACCUGAAUUUCUCUUAUUUCUCGAUGAGCCAACAUCGGGACUUGACAGUCAAACCGCGUGGUCUAUCUGCAAUCUUUUAAGAAAGUUGGCCUCCAAUGGCCAGUCCAUCCUUUGCACCGUGCACCAGCCUUCGGCGACGCUUUUCCAGGCAUUUGAUCAGCUGCUGCUUCUCGAAGCACCCGGCAAGACGGUGUAUUUCGGGCCAAUUGGUGAAAACUCACAUGCCGUCAUCAACUACUUCGAGAAAAAAGGAGCCAGGCCCUGCAAAGCUGGGGAAAACCCCGCUGAGUGGUUGCUUGAAGUGUGCAGAAGCACACCAGACAUUGCGCAGAAGUGGCAGCUGUCGGAGGAGAAGAAAUCGGUGAAGGAACACCUGCAAGAACUCGCGCAAGAUCUGAAGGACAAGAAACUGAGCCAAACGUAUUCAAAACCAUCGUACGCUUUUGCGGAAUCAUUUUGGGUCCAGCUUUACGAAGUCACUAAGCGGGCCUUUGGGGAACAUUGGCGGACGCCAACCUAUUUUUGGUCGAUGUUCUUCCUCUGUACCGGCACUGCUUUUUUCAUCGGCUUCUCAUUUUGGAUGUCUCCAAACACGAUCCAGGGCCUCCAGAACCAGGUGUUUGCCGUUUUCCUGAUCCUUACCAUGUUCACCAACAUCAUGCAACUCAUCAUACCCAAGUUCACCGCCAUCCGAGCGUUGGCGGAGGCCCGCGAGUUGCCAUCCAAGACGUAUUCCUGGCCGGUCUUCAUUCUUUCAAACAUCUUGCUCGAACUCCCCUGGCAAACCCUCAUUUCCGUCACUGUCUAUCUUGUAUGGUACUUCCCUUUGGGUAAUUACUUUACGGCGGCAAGCGCCGGACCGGAUACCAGCGAGCGGGCUGGACUAACGCUUUUACUCAUCUGGGCGUUUAUGCUCUUCAGCAGCACCUUCUCGCAUCUGGUUGCGGCAGGAGUCGAGCAUGCCCAGACCGCCAUCCAGCUCGCGCAGCUGUUCUACUACCUGUUACUUGUUUUCUGCGGCGUUCUCGUAAACGAAAGCGCUUUUCCUGGAUUCUGGACCUUCAUGUACCGUGUAUCCCCGCUGACAUAUCUUGUAGCCGGCCUGAUCUCAGCUGGCCUGGGCGGCACAGAGGUGAGUUGUUCGAGCGUUGAAGUGAGGGAGAUGACGGCGCCUCACGGUAUGAGUUGCGGAGACUAUCUGUCGGUAUACGUGAACACUGCGGGUGGAAGGGUGUUGAACCCGGGAAGCAGUGGCCAGUGCCGUUUCUGUCCGCUUGUCCAUGCUGAUGCAUACCUCGAGAGCGCCAACAUCGAGUAUAUGGAGAGAUGGAGGAACUUGGGGCUGAUUUUCGCGUACAUCACAUUCAAUGUCUGCGGUACCUUUUUACUGUAUUGGGUUGCCCGCGUGCCGAAAGGUAGGGCUGCUGCUGCCAGGGCGACUUCUCGGACGGAGUUCUCAGAGGACGACCAUAGCCACAGUGUGGAAAGGCGGGCGGAAAAGUAA